UCCGUUUUUUAUGAUAAGCUGCUUCCUCUUACAACACAGUCUGGCUAAAUCAAAAGAUGGUUUAGUGUCUUCAGAGGAGCUCAGAUGCCGCAAUUACUCUGAUGUUUGUGAACAAAGCAGCUGCGUGUCUCAGCGAGCAGCCGGGGAUGAGACUUUAUUUCCACAGAUGAAGCCGCGCUGCACACCUCCGUUACUUGGAAACCGUCAGAAAAUUUCUGCGGAAAGUUUUUCUCUUCGGAUGGAAGAAGUUUUGAGACAAAGCGGAUGCCACGGGGCUGUUUUCUCCACUGUUUUGAGAGAACGGAGGAUGCUGAUCUCUGAUCUCUGAGUGACAGCAUGUCUUCUUGGGGGGAGUUGAUCGAGCUGCGUGACCUGAGGCCGGACAGAGAGCAGAUAGAGCUGACACACGGCUCACACUCGCCCUGCUUCCCUCCCCGCCUGGAGAGGGCCAACGCCCUCAGGAUCAGCCCGGGGAAGGUCCCAGACCUGCUGAGCCGUGUGGGCAUCAUCAGGGUCCUGAGCAGCACCCAGGACCCCCAGCUCCCCGAGGAGAAGGGGGAGGGACACAACUUCCAGCCCUGCAGCCACGCUCAGCCCACGUGGUGCGACCUGUGUGGAGACUUCAUCUGGGGCCUGUACAAGCAGAGCCUGCGGUGUGUCUACUGCAGAUUCACAUGCCACUACCGCUGUCGUCCUCUGAUUCGUCUGGACUGCAGCUGGGACCGAGGCUCUGUGGCUGACCACACAUGUGUUGUGGAGCACACGAUAGAAACAGACACAAAUGUGGAUGAACAGAUUGAAUGGGGAAAGCAGGAGUUGACAACAGCAGAUAUUCAGCAGAAGGUGAAGGAAUACAACGCUCAGAUCAACAGCAAUCUGUUCAUGAACAUGAACAAGGAUGGUUCCUACACUGGCUUCAUUAAGGUCCAGUUCAAGUUGGCCCGACCCGUGUCAGUGCCACCUCCAAAGAAAGGAGGUCACGACGCCGGAGGGAAAAAGGCGAGCGGAGUGAAGCGCCGCACCUCUUUUUACCUGCCAAAGGACGCAUCCAAGCACCUGCACAUUAGCUCACGCACUUCUGCUCGUGAGGUCAUCGAGGCUUUGCUGAAAAAGUUUACUGUGGUGGACAAUCCUGGCAAGUUUGCUCUGUUUGAGCGCAGUGAGCGCCACGACCAAGUUUAUGUUCGCAAGGUGUCUGAUGACGAGCGUCCCCUCCGUCUGCGCCUGUGUUCUGGACCAAAUGAGAAAGUCCUCAGUUUUGUUCUGAAAGAGAAUGAAACUGGAGAAGUCAAUUGGCAUGCCUUCUCCAUGCCCGAGUUGAAGAACUUCCUGCGCAUUCUGCAGCGUGAAGAGGAGGAGCACGUCAAGCAGAUAGUGCAGCGCUACGCUCUGGCACGCACUAAGAUGCGAGAGGCUCUGGCUGGCUCGACCCCCGGCUGAGACGACGCUGCGCUCGGGGUUAAACGUGCACCACUUGACUGGACCGUCGCCUGAAGAUGACCGGUCAUCGCUGCAUCCAAAGAUCCCAGAUAAUACAACUCAAAACGCCUCUUGGGUGAACGAGAGAGUGAGACAGGGCGCAAGACUAUGAGAGAGAGCUAGCGCGAAUGUGCGUGUGAAAUGAUGCGAAAGAAGUGCCUUACACCUGGAGAGUCUGAUGUGCCUGAGAGAAUGAGUUGAGAGAGCGACGACUGGCAGAUAGAGAGACACUGGUUGCAUCCAGUAAUGUCUUAUUAGGCUAUUGGGUACCGUCUGAUUAUCCUCUAUGGACCUCAGCUGUGUGACUUAAACUUUGAAGAAAAUGUCAAGGAUAGUUAGCCAUUUUUAGGUAUAAAGAUUUUUUAUUGAUAAUGCAUUUGCAGGUGCAGUGCUGAAGUUGAGCCCUUUGUUGUUAUUGUGCCAAAAAUCACACAUCUGUAAGUUACAUUCCUUUUUAUUUUUUUUCAGAAUCUAACAUAGGUGACAUGUUCAAUCAUGAUAUAUGGCCAAGAUUAGUUAAGCUCACAGAACCUUCUGUGAAAAAACCAUACCUCCAAACCUCCAUAUUGACAUUUAUCUUGUUAGAAAGUUAAAUACACAUUUGUUGCUGAAAGGUUUUUGGAUUUUCAAUAGACCCAGGCUCAGAAAUCUGCCAAGUCCUCUCGACACCCCCGAUGGGUGCAACUCUUUUUUUUUAUUUUACUGUCAAAUUGUGAAUUUGACUGAUGUAUGGACAUUUGUAUGCAACUAUGAAUGUCAGAGAGCAGUGUCACUGGCUGACUGGAAUCGUGAGUGAAUAUGGUAUACGUGUGUUUCACUGGAAGCUGUUUGUCAUUCCUUACUUCUGUUUUUUUCUGUCCUCUGAAAAAAUCUUCUGUAUUUUCAGUUCACUAUCAUUGUAUCCGUCUAUGCAAAUAUUUACAUGUUGAAGCAACCAUUCAAAAUGACAAAUGUGCACUGCGUUCAGUAAAGAAUUUCCCAGUUCAAAUAA